UGGGUGUGUGUGUGUAUGUGUGCGUGCGUGUGCGUGUUGUAAGUGAAACCAUCACCACAGUGAACAAAAGCCGUGUAGCAGUCCAGUAGAGAAUGUCAAAUGGGGCUCACAGAGUUGCCUCCAGUCCCGUAUACAGAGAAGGGAGGAGGGGGGGGGCAGAGUCUGGAGAGGCAGAGAAGACGAGCAUGAGGUCUGGUGAGACAGAGUAGGGGAAAGAAUAGGUGGAGGAGGAGGUGUGGGGAUUCAGCAUCCAGGGUCCCUGGGCUGUCUAUGGGUCUCGGCGGGCCGCGGUCCGCUGCGGGUGGACUGGCAGCAGGGCAGCGGAGCGGCUCCGGACUCUGGCGCAGGUUACGCGGCUGGACGCAAUGACAGGGCAGAGAAAAGUCGCGGCCACUGAGGAGCACAACUGACAUUUGUGGCUGUUACAGUGAAGCAGCAUGCCAGCGAUCACUCCCACCGACCGUGGGGUGUGAGGGACGGGCAGGCUAUGGACAUGCCGGAGGAUGAGUUGCUGUUGAAGAACCGGACGGAACACGGGCCGGAGCCGAGCCAGGGGGCAGCGCGCCCUGCAUGGGCAAUCACGGCGCUGGCGAGCGUGCUGAUCUUCACCACUGUGGUGGAUGUCCUGGGGAACCUGCUGGUCAUCGUAUCCGUGCUUAGGAACCGUAAACUACGAAAUGCGGGAAAUGUCUUUGUGGUGAGCCUGGCCUUCGCUGACUUGGUGGUUGCAUUCUACCCCUACCCUCUGGUGUUGUACGCCAUCUUCCAUGAUGGCUGGUCACUGGGGGACACCCAGUGCAAGGUGAGUGGCUUCCUGAUGGGUUUGAGUGUUAUUGGCUCCAUCUUCAACAUAACAGGCAUUGCCAUCAACCGCUACUGUUACAUCUGCCACAGCUUCAGCUACGACAAGCUGUACAGCUACCGCAACACGCUGCUGCUGGUUGCACUUAUCUGGCUGCUGACAGUCAUAGCCAUAGUGCCAAACUUCUUUGUCGGCUCGCUGCAGUACGACCCACGCAUCUACUCAUGCACAUUUGCACAGACAGUCAGCACGUCCUACACCAUCACAGUGGUGGUCAUCCAUUUCUUUGUGCCCAUUUCCGUGGUCACCUUCUGUUACCUGCGUAUCUGGAUCCUGGUCAUCCAGGUGAGGCGAAAGGUAAAGUCAGAGGUCCGCCCUCGUAUCAAGCCCAGUGACCUGAGGAACUUUAUCACCAUGUUUGUGGUGUUCGUGUUGUUUGCUAUUUGUUGGGCGCCACUCAACUUGAUUGGGCUCGCUGUUGCUAUCAAUCCUGAAGCAGUGGCGCCUCACAUCCCAGAGUGGCUCUUUGUGGUCAGCUACUUCAUGGCUUACUUCAACAGUUGCCUUAAUGCCAUCAUCUAUGGCCUGCUGAACCAGAACUUCCGCAGGGAGUACAAGCGGAUUGUCAUGUCUGUGUGGAUGCCACACCUCUUCUUCCAGGAGACGUCCCGUGGGGGCACUGAGGGCUUGAAGAGUAAACCCUCGCCCGGACUCAAUAACAACGAGCAAGUAAAAGGAGAAACUCUGUGACACUGUUAUCCUCCUCUUUCAUCUCCUCGUCCUCCUCUUCUGUGUUUACUUGUGCAGUGCCAUCGAUCAGACUAAUCUCUACUGUACCAAAGCAAUUAACUCUGGAAAUACCGAUACAGUUACUGAGAUUAACAUGAAAAAACAGAUAAGAAGAGGCCUAUUGACUACAAUAGCUGUGGGAUCCAUUCUUUUAAGAGUGACAUUCAUAAAACCUAAGGCUCAUCAAUUUCAGUUUGUACUGAUUAUUAUUUUUAAAAUAGUAGAUAGGCUUAAAUUCAUUUGCAAAAAAAGAUUGAUUUAAAAUAGAUUUAUGUUUAGAUGUCCAAAACAUAGCUCAUCUUAGUUUACAGUAAAUCACCACAGAUGAUGGCGAGCACACCUCAGAAAAGGUUUCUGCAAACAAAGUCAAGAGAAAAUGGCAAAUUGACAAAUUACAGAUAGUAUGCUGCAGAAAAAAAAUCGAAUUUGGCAAAAGUCUGUCAAUGUGUCUAUCAUUGUAUUAGAGAGCACAACAUUUUACUGGCAAAUGAAGUCUGACGUGGAUUUUUACGGACCCCAAAUGAUGAACCCUAAUGAAUCUUGACACCUCCUUGACUACCACUAAUGCUUUAAAAUGUCACUCAUACAAAGGACUGUGAAAAUGAAAUGUGCAGAUUGCCAUGAAAUUUACUGAGCACAUUCACAUAACCCAGACACUAGCUCUAGUCUCCCUAUGAACUCACUAUUCUAUUGUUACCUCCGCCAAGGCCGAAGGCCUAGGAAGAAGGUUCUGUUUUCACCGGCGUUGGUUUGCUGGUUUGUUGGUUUGUUGGUUUGUCAGUUACCAGGAUUAUUCCAAAAGUCUGUGAGGGAUUUGAAUGAAAUGUUUUGGAGGGCUGGGAUGUGGCACAACAAACAAUCCAUCAGAUUUUGGUGGAAUUUGGUGGAAUUAUUUUAAGGAUUCCGAUCAGCUAGAACAGUAAGACCUCUGGGUAUAACAUAUGUGCAGUAUAACUGAUGACAUUGAUGAUGCAUGACCUCUUUCCUUCAGAGAGAGAGCGGGGGGGGACUGUAGAUUCUGCGUUUUUUCACAUUAAACUCUGUGAAAUUCCAGUUGAGUUGGACCAAAGCUCACUUGGUGAUUGUUGGAAAGAGUAACGACAA